AUGGUCUUCCGACGUGGUUAUCUGCCGCUCUCGGAAAUACCAACGACAGCGACACAGCAAACUGGAAUUGCGAUUAUUUUUCUCAUGACGUCUCUUGCUUUCGUUACAUGGGGUGCCCGUAUGUACUCCAGAUUUAGUAAGAAGCAAAUUGGUAUCGAUGACUGGUUCGUCACAGUCGCAAUGCUGUUCUCUAUCGGCCUACAUAUUCCAUAUUACUACUACUGCAGAUACGAAUACAUCGGCUUCCAUACCAAAGAUCUUCCGAAGUCAUAUGACAUCGAGCCUGUUUUAUUUUACAACUGGAUAAUGCAGGUCCUUUACAACCCUAUCCUGGCGCUUGUCAAGUCAUCAAUUCUUUUCUUCCUUCUUCGCCUUGGAGGCCAUAAUCGCAGUAUCAGAUGGACCAUCUACGGCUUAAACGCAUUUAAUAUCGCGCUGAUGAUUGCAAUUUUCUUUACUGUGAUAUUCCAAACCAUUCCUAUCAACGCUUACUGGGACCUAUCCAUAAAGCCAGAACGUCAGAUCGAUGGGCCAGUGUUUUACAUCUCAUCAGCCAUCAUCACAAUCGGUACAGAUGUUCUUGUUCUUUUGAUUCCAUUUUGGAUUUUCCUAGGUCUCAAGAUGCGGAUCGCUGCGAAGCUGGGUUUGAUCGUGGUAUUUCUUAUGGGCGGCGUGGUAACAAUUGUCGCUAUUCUUCGUGUGAUCGAUAUGCACAAGAAGUUCUACAUCAAAGGAUACGACUCAAGACACUCGCUUGGUGAUACUCUGAGCAGUAUCGAAGUCAAUCUCGCCAUCAUCGCUUGUUGUGGUCCAGCUCUGCGUCCACUGUUUCGCAGAAUGUUUCCUCGUCUAUUUUCCGGAAAAAGUACCAAUGACACUGGAAAAUACAAGACGCCAAUUCGCUAUGGAAAUGGUACAGCUAGAGUCACGUCGUUUCAUCUCAAGGAUAUGCAUCGAAACAGGACACAGACUGAGAUUCGUGGAUACUCACCCAGGGUUGAAAGCCACUCCACUCAAUCCACUAGCAGCUCGAGUGGAGUGGGUAGAUCAUAA